AUGGAUGAAUCAUCCGGGAAGGUAGUUGACUUCAGUCUUGUACAAGUGACAGAAGUUUCUUCUUCAAACGCCAUGGAAUAUGAGGGUUGCAAACGGUCCUUAAAAAAGCUUAUAAAACACAAAAUACCUGUACGAUGUCUAACAACUGACCGUCAUGUUACCAUCACAGCUAGAAUGAAGUCUGAUUUUCCAAAAAUCAAACACCAGUAUGAUGUUUGGCACUUGUCAAAGUCUGUUACAAAGAAACUGACAAAGAAUAAAGCCAAGAAGAAAUGCAAUGAAGACUUAUUACCAUGGAUUCAGUCAGUUUCAAACCAUUUAUGGUGGAGUGUGUCUACAUGUGAUGAAGAUGUUUCAGUAGUGAAGGAGAAAUGGCUUUCAAUCAUUCAUCAUGUUUCCAACAAACACAGUUGGAGAGGGUGCAAGCACUUUAAGAAAUGUGUGCAUCAUAGACUUAGUAGACGAGAGAAGAAACAAGUUCCAUGGCUGAAAGCAGGAUCACCUGAACUUGUUGCCCUGGAAGAGGUGGUGAAUAACAAAAGGCUUCUGAAAGAUAUGGAGAAAUUGACAGAAUUCCGCCAUACUGGGGAACUGGAAGUUUUUCACUCCCUUAUGCUGAAGUAUCUACCAAAACGAAAGCACUUCAGCUACAGAUGUAUGGUGGCACGUACUCAACUUGCAGCAUUGGAUCACAACCAUAAUUGCAAUCGGGUUCAAGCUGUAGUUAAUGUAGCAAUUCAAGGUUGA